AUGGGGUCGCAGACGCUGCAGAUCCUCCGGCAGGGGGUGUGGGCCGCGCUCAGCGGCGGCUGGUACUACGACCCGCACCAGGCCACCUUCGUGAACGCGCUGCACCUCUACCUGUGGCUCUUUCUGCUCGGCCUGCCCUUCACCCUCUACAUGGCCCUUCCUUCUUCCAUGAUUAUAGUAGCAGUUUAUUGUCCCAUAGUAGCUGCUGUUUUCAUUGUUCUGAAGAUGGUCAACUAUCGCCUGCACAGAGCACUUGAUGCUGGAGAAGUUGUAGAUAGGCGUGCAAAUGAGUUUGCAGAUCAGCGAACGAAAACUGAACAAGGCAACUGUUCAACAAGGAGAAAAGACAGCAAUGGUCCGAGUGACCCUGGUGGAGGGAUUGAAAUGUCUGAAUUCAUUCGCGAGGCCACACCUCCAGUUGGUUGCAGUUCCAGAAAUUCUUAUGCUGGUCUAGACCCAAGCAACCAGAUUGGAUCUGGUUCCUCUAGACUUGGAACAGCAGCAACUAUUAAAGGAGAUACAGAUACUGCGAAGACUUCUGAUGACAUAAGCUUAAGUCUGGGCCAGAGCUCUAGUCUGUGUAAGGAAGGAAGUGAAGAACAGGAUUUGGCAACUGAUCGGAAGCUCUUCCGUCUGGUCUCCAAUGACUCCUUCAUCUCUAUUCAGCCUUCCUUGUCCUCUUGUGGACAGGACUUACCAAGGGACUUCAGUGACAAAGUGAGCCUGCCAAGUCACAGCCACCACCACCAUGUUGACCAAUCACUGUCCAGCGCGUGUGACACAGAAGUGGCUUCUCUUGUACCUUUACACUCACACUCUUACAGGAAAGAUCACCGACCACGGGGUGUGCCACGGACUUCAAGCUCUGCUGUGGCUUUUCCUGACACUUCUCUGAAUGACUUCCCUCUUUACCAGCAGAGGCGAGGGUUAGAUCCAGUCAGUGAGUUAGAAUCUUCUAAGCCUCACUCUGGAUCCAAAGAGUCUGUGGUGGAAAAGUCUUGUCUGCCCGGGGAAUUUCAGCUUGCUGGUGACCUGAAAAGUAGUCAUUCUCAGCCCCCCACCAAAGGGGGGAAGAACAAAGCACUAAAUGCAGAUAAGAGCAUGGACAGCUUGCGGAGCUUGAGCACACGGAGUAGCGCGUCCACAGAGAGCUACUGCAGUGGGACUGACCGCGACACCAACAGUACUGUCAGCAGCUAUAGAAGUGAGCAGACCAGCUCCACUCACAUAGAGAGCAUCUUGUCUGAGCAUGAGGAGUCUCCUAAAGUGGGAACGAGAAGUGCACAAAAGAAGGAGUGUUGUGCUGACCCAGAAGAGAGGAGUAGCUCUGCCAGUGACCAAAGGACUAGCAGUGACAAGACUGCCCUGGAAGGGAGUACAAAUGGUGGAGCUCCAGAAGUCCCAGAGGCUCAGGCCUCCGAUGAGCUGGCUGAGCAGAGAGCACUUAGCACCUCUGCCUCUGAAGAUGCCAAUAAAAACCCACAUGCAAAUGAGCACGUGGAACCAAAGGACAGGCCCUCGGAGAACACGGCCGAAAGCAAAGAGCCGCCAAGUGAGCAGUCUAGCGUGUCGGUGGAUUCCAAGCUUUGUAAAGAUGCUGGUGGGAAGCAGAAGGAAGGAGAUGUCCGCCCCAAAUCCUCCAGCUUAAUCCACCGGACAGCCUCUGCCCAUAAGUCUGGCAGGAGACGGACAGGAAAGAAACGUGCCAGCAGCUUUGAUUCCAGUCGGCACAGGGACUAUGUUUCCUUUCGAGGAGUUUCUGGAACCAAGCCACAUAGUGCUAUAUUUUGUCAUGAUGAGGACUCCAGUGAUCAAAGUGACCUGAGUAGAGCAUCGAGUGUUCAUUCUGCUCACCAGUUCAGCAGUGACAGCUCCUCCAGCACAACGUCUCAUUCGUGCCAGUCUCCUGAGGGCAAGUACAGUGCUCUGAAGACCAAACACAUUCAUAAGGAAAGGGGCACAGACUCUGACCACACACACAGAGCUCACCUGGGUCCUGAGGGAUCUGGCAAAAAGCGAGCCACAAGGCGGACUUCCAGCUCAAAUAGUGCCAAGACACGUGCCCGAGUGUUGAGCUUGGACAGUGGCACUGUGGCAUGUCUGAAUGAUUCAAACAGGCUCAUGGCACCUGAGAGUAUGAAGCCCUUAACCACUUCAAAGUCAGAUCUUGAGGCCAAAGAGGGAGAGGUGCUAGAUGAGCUCUCUUUACUGGGACGUGCUUCCCAGUUAGAGACAGUCACUCGGUCUAGGAAUAGUUUGCCAAGCCAGGUUGCCUUUCCUGAAGGGGAAGAGCAGGACACAGUCAGUGGAGCAGCACAGGCCAGCGAGGAGGCAGUGGCAUUUCGCCGUGAACGCAGCACAUUUAGGCGCCAGGCAGUACGGCGCCGGCACAAUGCAGGGAGUAACCCUACCCCUCCUACCUUGCUCAUCGGAUCACCCCUAAGCCUUCAAGAUGGUCAGCAAGGCCAGCAGUCCACAGCGCAGGUCAAAGUCCAGUCCCGUCCCCCUUCCCAGGCUGCAGUGCUCAGUGCUAGUGCCUCCUUGCUGGUGAGAAAUGGGAGUGUCCACUUAGAAGCAUCACAUGACAAUGCGUCUGCUGUAGGCGGUAGCAGUGUGCACGAUGAACUUGGUAAGUUCUCUUCUGCGCUCUAUGAGACUGGUGGCUGUGACAUGUCACUUGUGAAUUUUGAACCAGCAGCAAGAAGAGCAUCCAAUAUCUGUGAUACAGAUUCUCAUGUAUCCAGUUCUACCUCAGUUCGAUUUUAUCCACAUGAUGUGCUUUCUCUCCCACAGAUUCGGUUGAAUAGACUGUUGACCAUUGAUACAGACUUGUUGGAGCAGCAAGACAUUGAUCUAAGCCCUGACUUAGCAGCCACUUAUGGUCCAACAGAAGAAGCUGCCCAAAAGGUGAAACACUAUUACCGCUUCUGGAUCCUUCCCCAGCUAUGGAUUGGUAUCAACUUUGACAGACUCACACUUUUGGCACUGUUUGAUAGAAAUCGUGAGAUCCUGGAAAAUGUACUAGCUGUCAUCCUGGCUAUUCUUGUGGCUUUUUUGGGAUCCAUUCUUCUCAUACAAGGCUUCUUCAGAGACAUUUGGGUCUUCCAGUUUUGUCUGGUCAUAGCCAGCUGUCAGUACUCACUACUCAAGAGUGUUCAGCCAGAUUCUUCUUCUCCCAGGCAUGGUCAUAAUCGUAUCAUUGCCUAUAGUAGACCAGUUUACUUCUGUUUAUGUUGUGGUCUCAUUUGGCUCCUGGAUUAUGGCAGCAGAAACCUUACUACGACCAAGUUCAGAUUAUAUGGAAUAACUUUCACCAACCCGCUGCUGUUCAUAUCAGCCAGGGAUUUAGUUAUAGUGUUUACACUCUGUUUCCCAAUAGUAUUUUUCAUUGGUCUCCUGCCUCAGGUGAAUACAUUUGUAAUGUACCUUUGUGAACAAUUGGAUAUCCAUAUUUUUGGUGGUAAUGCUACUACCAGCCUGCUCGCAGCCCUCUACAGUUUUAUUUGUAGCAUUGUGGCUGUGGCCUUAUUGUAUGGGCUGUGCUAUGGAGCUUUAAAGGAUUCCUGGGAUGGCCAACAUAUCCCAGUGCUUUUCUCUAUUUUUUGUGGUUUGUUAGUGGCAGUAUCCUAUCAUCUCAGCCGGCAAAGCAGUGAUCCAUCAGUACUUUUCUCUUUGGUACAAUCCAAGAUUUUUCCAAAAACUGAAGAGAAAAACCCAGAAGACCCUCUGUCUGAAGUAAAAGAUCCACUUCCUGAAAAACUUAGAAAUUCUGUUAGUGAGCGUUUACAGUCUGACCUGGUAGUGUGCAUCAUAAUUGGUGUGCUGUAUUUUGCUAUUCAUGUAAGCACAGUGUUCACGGUAUUACAGCCUGCUCUCAGGUAUGUGCUGUACGCCGUGGUGGGCUUUGUGGGGUUUGUCACUCACUACGCGCUGCCUCAGGUCAGGAAACAGCUGCCGUGGCACUGCUUCUCGCACCCUCUGCUGAAGACGGCCGAGUAUAGUCAGUAUGAAGUUCGAAAUGCUGCCACCAUGAUGUGGUUUGAAAAGCUUCACGUGUGGCUUCUUUUUGUGGAAAAGAAUGUCAUUUAUCCACUGAUUGUCCUCAAUGAACUUAGCAGCAGUGCAGAGACGAUCGCUAGCCCAAAGAAACUGGAUGCGGAGUUAGGUGCGUUAAUGAUCACCAUUGCUGGCUUGAAGCUACUGCGCUCCUCCUUUAGCAGCCCUACCUGUCAGUACAUCACAGUCAUCUUCACUGUGCUCUUUUUCAAAUUUGACUAUGAAGCAUUUUCAGAGACCAUGCUGUUAGAUCUCUUCUUCAUGUCCAUCCUCUUCAACAAGUUGGGGGAACUCCUGUAUAAGUUGCAGUUUGUGUACACCUACGUUGCCCCGUGGCAGAUCACAUGGGGCUCUGCUUUCCAUGCGUUUGCUCAGCCCUUUGCAGUGCCCCACUCAGCGAUGCUGUUCAUCCAGGCUGUCGUGUCAGCCUUCUUCUCUACCCCACUCAACCCUUUCCUGGGCAGCGCAAUAUUCAUCACUUCCUAUGUCAGACCUGUGAAGUUCUGGGAGAGAGACUAUAACACAAAACGAGUGGAUCAUUCAAAUACCAGAUUGGCUUCUCAGCUUGAUAGAAAUCCAGGAUCAGAUGACAACAAUCUGAAUUCCAUCUUCUAUGAACAUCUAACCCGAUCCCUACAGCACAGUCUCUGUGGUGAUUUGCUCUUAGGACGGUGGGGAAACUAUGGCACCGGGGACUGUUUCAUCCUGGCCUCGGACUAUCUCAAUGCACUAGUGCACCUCAUAGAAAUAGGCAAUGGCCUGGUCACAUUCCAGCUGCGAGGACUUGAAUUUAGAGGUACCUACUGUCAACAACGGGAAGUGGAGGCCAUUACUGAAGGUGUAGAGGAAGAUGAAGGAUUUUGCUGCUGUGAACCUGGCCACAUUCCUCAUGUACUUUCCUUUAAUGCUGCCUUUAGCCAGCGCUGGCUAGCUUGGGAAGUCAUAGUCACUAAGUACAUUCUGGAGGGCUACAGCAUCACCGAUAACAGUGCUGCUUCUAUGCUGCAAGUCUUUGAUCUGCGGAAAGUUCUCACCACUUAUUACGUCAAGGGUAUCAUUUAUUAUGUCACAACCUCCUCUAAGUUGGAGGAGUGGCUAGCUAAUGAGACAAUGCAGGAAGGACUGCGUCUGUGUGCAGACCGAAAUUAUGUUGAUGUAGACCCAACAUUUAAUCCAAACAUUGACGAAGACUAUGACCAUCGGCUGGCAGGCAUAUCCAGGGAGAGUUUCUGUGUGAUUUACCUCAACUGGAUAGAAUACUGCUCUUCCCGGAGAGCAAAGCCACUGGAUGUGGACAAAGAUUCAUCCCUGGUGACUCUUUGUUAUGGACUCUGUGUCCUGGGACGGAGAGCACUGGGAACUGCCUCCCACCAUAUGUCCAGUAACUUAGAGUCAUUCCUGUAUGGAUUGCAUGCCCUGUUUAAAGGAGAUUUCCGUAUUUCUUCAAUUCGAGAUGAAUGGAUCUUUGCUGACAUGGAAUUGUUAAGAAAAGUGGUAGUACCUGGAAUCCGUAUGUCCAUUAAACUUCAUCAGGAUCAUUUUACUUCUCCAGAUGAGUAUGACGACCCUACUGUGCUCUAUGAAGCCAUCGUGUCUCAUGAAAAGAACCUUGUGAUAGCCCAUGAGGGGGACCCCGCAUGGCGGAGCGCAGUUCUUGCCAACUCUCCCUCAUUGCUCGCUCUGCGGCACGUCAUGGAUGAUGGCACCAAUGAGUACAAGAUCAUCAUGCUCAACAGACGCUACCUGAGCUUCCGGGUCAUUAAGGUGAAUAAGGAAUGUGUCCGAGGCCUUUGGGCUGGGCAGCAGCAAGAGCUUGUUUUCCUCCGUAACCGGAACCCAGAGCGAGGCAGCAUCCAGAAUGCAAAGCAGGCUCUGCGGAACAUGAUAAACUCGUCCUGUGAUCAGCCUAUUGGCUAUCCGAUCUUCGUGUCGCCCCUGACCACAUCUUAUGCUGACAGUCAUGAGCAGCUCAAAGAAGUUCUUGGAGGACCUAUCAGCUUGGGAAAUAUCAGAAACUUCGUCGUGUCAACCUGGCACAGGCUAAGGAAAGGUUGUGGAGCUGGCUGUAACAGUGGUGGCAAUAUCGAAGAUUCUGACACUGGAGGUGGGACUUCCUGUCCUGGUAACAAUUCAACCACUGCCAGUGAUCCCCACAGCAACAUGUCCCAGGGAAGCACUGGAAAUCCUGGGCAAGGAUCAGGAACAGGUCUCCACCCACCUGCCACAUCUUAUCCUCCAACACUAGGCACUAGCCACAGCGCCCACUCUGUGCAGUCAAGCCUGGUCAGACAGUCCCCCGCUCGCGCCUCCGUGGCCAGCCAGUCUUCCUACUGCUACAGCAGCCGGCACUCGUCUCUCCGGAUGUCCACCACAGGAUUUGUGCCGUGCCGGCGCUCCUCCACCAGCCAGAUAUCUCUUCGGAACCUGCCGUCCUCCAUCCAGUCCCGCCUCUCCAUGGUGAACCAGUUGGAGGCCACCAGUCAGAGUGGCACGGUCUGCGCACAGCACGGCCUGCCCUCCUCCAGCAGCUCGAGCCAAAGUAUCCCGGCCUGCAAGCAUCACGCUCUGGUUGGUUUUCUUGGACCAGAGGGAGGGCAGAGCAGCACCACGGAUGCCCAGCCGGGCAACACUUUAAGUCCUGCCAGCAGUUCGCAUGCCAGAAAGGGGGACGUGAUUUACAGAGUCCAAAUUGUGGAUCCCAGUCAAAUUCUGGAAGGGAUUAACUUGUCAAAAAGGAAAGAGCUGCAGUGGCCUGAUGAAGGAAUUCGGUUAAAAGCUGGGAGAAACAGCUGGAAAGACUGGAGUCCUCAGGAGGGCAUGGAAGGCCAUGUGAUUCACCGAUGGGUGCCUUGCAGCAGAGACCCUGGUAUGAGGUCCCACAUCGACAAGGCAGUGCUUCUGGUCCAGAUCGAUGAUAAAUUCGUGACUAUCAUUGAAACCGGAGUACUAGAACUUGGGGCGGAAGUGUGAGCUGCUGCUUUGUACCUGGUUUCCUCUCUCUUGCUUCCCACACAUGGAGCCGGAGAGCCAGGGAGCGACCACUCAGCCUGCCGGGAUCACGUGGAUCUCUUGUGGCAGACGUGAGGACAGUGGUUCAGUUAAGCGCCUCUCUUGGCCCUUUACCCUGACUCCUGUCACUGUCUCCAUCCCAAAUAAAGUGGAAAUAUUUUUUUAAGUUAACUGCCAAGAACACAUUUUGCAUGAAAGAUAAACGUUCUUUUGGAAUACAUCUUUAAGAAGGUUUCCUAUGCAUUGCCUAUGCUUUAAAACAACAAACUUCAUUUCUAAACUAUGAUCUCGUAUUUUUCUAAUUUCUUUGCCAAAAAUAAUUGCCAUUUUUUUGUUGUUGUUGUACAACAUGAAAUCAAUUUACUAUGAUUUUUACAAAGAAAUCCAUGUGGAAACAUUUGGUUUGAUGCAUAGCAGUAUAAAAAUGUAAUGUACAGUGAGAAAGAUGAUGAAUAGAUGUAGAUUUAUCUUAUUCCUGAGCGCUAAAAACUUUAAUGAAAAAACCUGCACUAAUUUUUUAUGACAAUGCACUAAAUCUGAGAUUUCUCAGAACAUUUAUUUAUAUAGAAAAAUAAAAUACCAUUAUUUAAAUUGCCUUUGGGAUUAACCCUUCCCUUUCCUGAUAAGCAUAGUCAGCUGCCCGUGUUCUGUUAGCAUCUGUGCUUCAUGCCAGCGUGUUGGACGUCAUCUUUAAGUGAAUGCCACUCUCAAGAUGCACACAGCUUCAGCCCUGUGUCACAGAGCCAGUGGCCAGGGAGGUGGCCCUAUGAGUACUGAGGCCAGCUACUGGGUCACCCCUGAACAGCUUGUUGCAGUGUGUGCCCGUGCUUCUGCUCAGGCAAGCUCUGCCAGGCUCAGUUCUGGAAAGGAAGUGCUGUUGCUUUUCAGAGAAGUUGACUGACCGGGAACUUCAGAAAGGACCUGUCACCUUUGUUUUCAUAGUCCCUACUGGAAGUGAUUCUCAUGAAGCUCAGUUUCUCAGCUAAUUUUUUUCAAACAAAAUAAUCCAAAUGGUGCACCUCUUAUUGUUCUAUUCCUUUUUAAUAACUUUACUUUUUGUCUGUUAUUUUUCUAUUACUUGAAUUUUAUUUCCUAUAAUUUAUGGGGUAUACCUGUCAUUUGAAAUAUUUAUAACUGUGAAAUUGACUUAAUUCAUGUUGUCUCAUAAAUUAUAUUGGUUUUUUAAGAGCAUGUAUUCAGGGAAAUGUAUAUCUUGGAUUUACAAUUAGGCUACAUGGAACUUCUAUUUAGGUUUAAUUUGCAAGUUUAAGCAUUUUUUUUUAAUUCCUAAGAAAAAUUUCCUUUUGGUUUGAAAGUCCAAAGAACAUUGUACAUCUCCUUUGAGGAUUUAGGAGCAGCCAUCCUUCACCCUACGAAUAGAUAGUAAAAAGACACAAGUCAGGUUCAUCUUGAUACAGUACAUUUAAUCUGACAUAUACAAAGUGUUAUCAUUUCAACACGUGGCGCUGACCAUCUUUCAGUACUUAGUAGCUACAUCGGUCUCAUGGUUACUGUGUUCGAGACAGGUUUGCAGUAUCUUUUCUGAGGUGAGUGGAGAGCUGCUUUUCCUGUUCAUUCAGAGGUAAAUCUCACAGGGUCCCGUGACACCACAGGAGAAGGAAAGAAAGCUGGAGUAGUAACGGCUGACGUGCAUGCUUGCACCUCCACUUCAAAGCCCUGUUUCACUUUUCCCAGUGGUAAAGUUGCUGGUCAGUUGGAACCCAAUGUGCCUUGUGUUGACAUUGCCAUACACUUCACACUUUGCAAAUUUUACUGUUGAAAAAUAUUUGUUAAUUGAUUUAUUGGACCUUUACACAAAGGAACCCUUUCUAAAUUGACCAUUUUAAAGUAUAUUUUCUGACUACUAUUAAUAUAUUCUGCCUCAUUUUGGCAAAUUUGUGGUACACCACGGGUUCAGUGUUGUUAUUUUCUGAAAUUGAAUAUAUGAUCUAUUUACCUAUUUUUUAGAUCUUCUCAAAGGAUUCUCCUCCCUGCUUCUUGUCCCCUCUCUAAAAUGAGUCUGGUCUUUUCACUGCUAGUUCUAGAUGGGUGAGUAAGUGGAGCUUAUCAAUCUCACGGGAACAUAACCCAUUUUCCCACACAGAAAAAAACGAAAACAGCUGAGCUCAGAUAGUAUAGUCUGAAGGACCAGAAUUCUUUUUAUUCCUAGCUGCUCACUCAAAAAAAGAAAAAUUGUUAAGACAUAUCUUGUGCUUUGAAAAGUCAGAUUUCAUAUGUAAGAGUAGACUUUGUAUGAAACACAUAUAUCAAGUCUUACUUUGUGAUUGUUGGAAACUUGAAGCAAGUUAUCUUUUGUUACCACAUAUAACUUUAUUAUAUUUAUAAAUUAUGGACCCUAAGAGAAGCCCUGUUCUUACUUUUCAAAUCUAAGCACUGAUAGUCUUUUGAAAAAAACCUACUACUUUUCUAGUUACCACAGGGAAAUAGUGAUCACUAAGGAAGGAUUUGUGUCUUCAGUUGAUCAAAAUUAAGUGUUUAUAUGCAUUCAUUAAAUUGAUCAUCAGUGUUUUGUUUCUGUGCCUAUUUGAGUAGUGAUUUUUGAUUUUCUGCUUAGCCUUUCUCAUUAGAGUACUAGACCCCAGCAUACCUUAGUGGUUUUAAUCCAUAGUUGCCAAUUUUUCAGAAUCCUAUAAUUUGCAAGUAAGUAAAAUACUUUCAAAGAAAUUCUCUCCUUCAAAGUGGAGCUACAUGGUUGAAAUAUGUGUGUGUUUAUUUUCUUGCUUGGUUUUCUUUUUUAUCCCUGCCUUUAAGAGGACAAUCCCACAGAAGAAAAAAAUCCUAGCUCUAAAUUAAGCCUUCGAUUAAUCUUCCAAUCUUGGUGUAAACUGUCUUAUUACACCAUUUCAACACUUGAUAAAACUUUCAAUGUUGACUUUUUGCUAAAGAGCUUUAAUUUUCCAAGAAUCUAGAUUAACAUAAAAUGCUGAUAUUUAUGGAACUUGGGAGAGUAGUGAUGAGGCUGUGUGAAUAUUUUUAAGGUAAGAGAAGUUUAAUUCUUAUGAAACUAGUGUGCAGACUUAGUCAGUAUUCUGCCUUCUUUGGGUUUCCAAUAGUAGAAGAUUAAAUUCUAUUAGAUUUGAAGUAUUUUGAAAAAUAUUUUAAGUACAUUUGAAAUACUUCUAGUCCUUGAACCAGAAGAUAUCAGGCAGUAUUUCUAUCUUGAAGGAUAAGUGGAAAAUGACUCUAGGCACCAAAUGUCAAGCAGUCCAAGUAUGGAUCUUACACAGUAAACUAGUUUGUUGAGAAGGUUGCUCUCCUCCCUGCAUUGGUUCAUUUUCCCAUCUCCUGUCAGAGGAGGAAGUAUGGCUUUCCAUCUCAGUGAGGGCAGCUGUGCCUUCUCAGAAAUUCUACCUUGUUUCUUAGCAACACCCUAGACCAGAAUUGUUUCUUUGUUCAUCUAAUUUUGGUUUUUCAAGGUAGGGUCUCGCUCUAGCCCAGGUCAACCUGGAAUUCACUGUGUAGUCUCAGGGUGGCCUCAAACUCAUGGCGAUCCUCCUACCUCUGCCUCCCAGGUGCUGGCAUUAAAGACGUGCACCACCAUGCCUGGCUUUUCAGCUAAAUUUUAAGCAUUCUUCAUCCUCAAUAUAUGACUUGGGAAAAAAAAAAGUGUUAUGAGUGUUAUGUGAGACUUCCUUGAAUUUAUGUUUACUAACUCCUGAAGUAUAAAAUUCUGUCCAGUGUGUUAGUUACUUCCAUAUUUAUUUUAAGUUCUUUUUCAUGGAUAUAGACAAAUCUGCUUCUGGGAUUUUAAAAAAAAAAUUCUAAGUCAUCAGUAUUAAUUUUCAUUUUUGUUUGUAGUAAUCACCAAGUUACUUUAAGCAUAGACCCAGCUUACUUUUUCUUUAGAGACAAUGCAUUGUUCGGCUGUAUCCAUGUUCAUUCUAGAGGUAUGUCCUUUAACUCCAAGGUGAUUGGAGAUGAGGCUGAGGGGAUGGCACAUGGAGCCUGUUACUGGCCUUUGAAUAUACAGUUUCAGUCUUAUGUAGAUACUGAGCUCAACUGAUCAGGGAAAAGAGGAAAAUUAGAUACUACAAUGUACUUAGGUAGUGUAAAUUUUAAUAUUAUGUUAAGUACAUACUGCUUUUUAAAAAUACCUGUUUGAAAAACAGCCCCCCUUUUUCUUUAUUUUUCUUAAACAUAAUCUAAAUGAUAUACAACCAGGCCUUCUCAUUUUAAACUUGUUACCCUUUUAGGUAAGAACUAUAAUCAGAGAGGAAUAAAUAAAUAGGUCUGAAGGAAUAUGAAUGAGGAGUAUUAAUUUUGAAUGAACCCAGAGGUGUAGUUUCUGCUGUGAACCACCUCCACAGAAUCAUCUGUCAAGAUUUCUGUUUGAUAAGAAUUUCUCUUGUCUCUAAGCCAGAUAGAAUAAACAGCUCACUUGUGAGCUGAACGUUGUGAUCUGCUGUUUUGUGGAAUCAACAUAAAGCUCUAUAGGCUCUUGAGCCCCUGUCACUUUGUUCUGAUGUUAUGCCUAUGAUGUGGGGUUCUGCCUUCUUUCCCACACUUCAGCUCUGCAGCUGACCACACCUGACUCAGUGGAGCCAAGCUAGGAGGAGUGAAGCUGGUGCUGUGGAGUCCUGGGUGUCGCCUGCACAGAGAGAGAACACCCUGGACUGGAGAGCAGAGGAAGAAUGAGACGGCUGCUUCAGUGACUCUUGAGUUUAGUGUACUUGUGGUUAAGCAAGAUUUUUCUCUAUAUGAAGCUUGAAUCUACAACCAAAACGAUAGAGAAAUGGAGGUGGAAGUCAUAUCUGCUUACGCUUUUAAAAGCUUAUAGUUUAGUAAAAGCAAAUUGUAAAAAUUGAUUAUGUUACCCCUAUCCAUGUCUGGCAGUGAGCUCUGCAUGAGGAAAUGGAAGAGGAGUAUUAAAAAAUGACGGGGGGAGUCGGCAGGAGGAAGGAGAAUGGUUUCCCUUUUCUGAACAUGGGCUCUGGAAGGUCGCCAUUGCCUUUACCAGCACUCAAUGUAAACCAGAGACAAGGAUACAUGGACUUAGUGUGUCAGUGAGUGUGAGUGUGUGUGUGUGUGUGAGUGUUACUGUAAACAGCUUGUAAAUAUUGUAGUUGUUUAAAAUGGAAAAUAAAAGAUGAAAGGUUUUUUGGAAAAUAUAUUGCAUCAAAAAUACUGUAUUGACCAUGGAUAAAACACAGGAAAUAAAUUUUUUUUCAUUUUGC